AUUUAUUUGCCAAAAAUUAGCGCGAAACUCUUGGAUGCGUUCCAGAUCACCUGAUCCACCCGAAUUCCUCAGUUUGCCGAACCUCGACUGGUGCGCCUGUCAUGGCACGAUCUUCAUAAAAGGCUCCGUGUGUAUGGCCGCAUUUGACCUGCCCAUCAACGACAUAUAUCUUUCCGCUUCACACAAAAACAGCCUUGAAAUGCCUUCCCCGUCGGGAAUAUCAUCCACCCUUGUUCCACCAUCUCCCCCUCAACCAUUCGACCCGGAUGGAUUAAUUGAUUUCCUCGGGACAGUGCCCCCCAUUGUCACCAAGCUAUUGGUCGAGCUUUCACCUACCCUAAGUUUAUUGAGACGCACAGCACAAAUCCUUAGCUGGAGGAGCGGAAAACAGUCAGAAAGUUGGUUAUGUCUGGCCAUGUAUUGGGCAAUAUGUUUAGGGGCGGGUUUCUCUAUCCGCUACUUCCUGCCACUCAUUGUUCUGACCCCCUUCAUGAUAUCCGCCGCAGUGAGAAGGCCUGUUAAAAGUAGUGCACAAGUAGAACCGGCAACGGAGGCGGUCCUCUCUCAAGCACUGGCAGAUGUCAAAAUCUUGCAUCAUCUCCUUCCUAAUCCGACUGUUCCUCCACUUACACUUUGGUGGAUGUCUCUGAUCCGUUUAUCUAGUGCACUCUAUCUUGUAUACCUAGUCAUCAUCAUUUCCCUCCCUCUAAGUGUGUCCUGCGGUAUUGCUGGCUCUCUAGUCAUUACUUGGCGAGCCCCGUGGGCAGCCACGAUUCGUCGCAUCAUCCUUAGCAAUGGAUGGGUCACAUACACGGCCCGUCAUAUCUGGCAUAGAAUCACGGGUACCUUAUUGCCCGAAGAGCUUUCGGGGGGAAGUACUAUCGGGAAGACUAGCACUGUUGCGACGGAAGAAACUCCCUUGCCACCUGACGUACCCCCUGCUUCGUCGCUUCGCUUCAAAUUCACAGUCCAUGAAAAUCAACGAUGGUGGAUGGGCAUUGAUUGGACCGCCGCCUUGUUGCCAAAUGAGAGGGUUUCUUGGACGUCUGGUCCUCCUACCCUCCGUCCGCUACCUCCUCCCAUAAAUAUCACUCUGCCCCCUUCCAAAGCAGUUUAUCUUCCUGUGCCCAAUGUCCCUGCGGUACGAGUGAAAAGGACAGCAACAUGGACGUGGGAGGAAACCGAUUGGGGAGUAGUUGUACGCCUUAAUCCCACCACGCCUCCUGAACGGGUUGGGAUGGCACUCCCAAAAGUUACCAUGAAUCUCCCUGAUGGAACCCCGGUAUCUGGAAUCAGCAGUGCUGAAUCUCUAUUACAGCGCGGCUUGCAAAAGGUAGGGACCGUCAGUGCAGAGCUAACGAGUCCUACACGUACGGGAAGGGUUUCAGAGUUGGGAGAUGGCUCAACAGAAGUAUCCUCGAAUUCAGAGGGGGGUGCUGGCGAUGGUGAUGUCGGUGAGAAUGAGACCAUCAUAGAAGGACCUGGAGCCAUGGUUUAUCGUGCGACGCCCGAAGAGGAUAUCACAGACGCAGAAGGCUGGAUAUACAGUGACAACAAGUGGGAAGGACCAAGCGGGAAAGGAGGCAUUGGAAAGUUCACAAGAUACCGACGAUGGACUCGCAUCGCUGUCCUAAAUGAAACUGUCCAGGUUAUUGCGGCCUCAGAGGACCCCAGCGCGCGCGCAUCGCGCCCAAGGUCCUCUUCCGGAAAUAACCUAGCGAAAGGGCCUUCUCCAGGAAUAAACCUCCGAACUCCUGAGCCAACGACAGGUUCGAUCACCAAAGAAGAGCCCUCAAGUCUUUCCAUCCGUACGAGCCCUAAACACGAGGCUCUGUCCAUAUCUCCUACUCGGGAGAAAGGCGGUAUACGCCAAAGACUGCAGCAGGCUGUUUCCAAUAAGUCGUAGUUCGAGAUAUUGAGAGUGGAUCACCAUUGUAGCAGUUAUCAUUAAUUCGAUUCCUACACCUUAUUGCUAAUCUAUAGG